AUGGAACCAGGUGAACAUAAUUACAGCAUUGUGUUUGCUUUUGAGAAGGACUGGCACGAGCAAAGGUUUUUAAAUUACAUGCUCGAAAGAUGGACAGACAGUUUCCUAUAUUCGAUAAUCUAUGUUGUAGUGGUUUUUGGAGGGCAGAGUUUGAUGAAGCAUCGACCAAGGUAUGAAUUGCGUCCGUUCCUUGCAUUAUGGAGUGGUAUAUUGGCACUGUUUAGCAUUUUUGGGGCUAUCAGAACGUGGCCAGAAAUGAUUUCAACAAUAACAAAUCACAGUUUGCAGUAUUCAGUAUGUGUGCCGACUUAUUUCAAAGGAGUUACAAGUUUCUGGGCUUUCAUGUUUACCGUGUCCAAGGUAUACGAGCUUGGGGACACUGUGUUUAUUGUGUUAAGAAAGCAGCCUCUUAUAUUCCUGCAUUGGUACCACCAUAUCACCGUAUUAAUAUACGUUUGGUACAGCUACACUGAUCACACAGCUCCUGGGAGAUGGUUUAUGGUCAUGAACUAUACCGUACAUUCAUUCAUGUACUCAUAUUAUGCUCUGAGGGCUCUUCAGUUCAGGAUGCCAAAGUAUGUUAACAUGGUUAUAACAACACUUCAGCUGACCCAGAUGAUCAUAGGUGUUGUUAUCAACAUAUGGAUCUACCAAAUCAAAAACCGUGGAGAAUUCUGCCAGCAAACUUAUGAAAAUUUGAAAUAUUCUUCGAUCAUGUACCUAACUUACUUUGUACUGUUUGCACAUUUCUUUAUUACAACCUAUAUUGUGAAAUCUGGCAAACAGCAGAAGGCUGAAUAA